AUGUUCUCUUUGCUCGCGUCCGCGAGUUGGUUACCCUUGUUGUUGUUCACAUUUUCUGGAACAAUAGUGAUGGAUGUGAACGCGGCGGGAAUAUACGACCCGUGUGUGAACGAAGGCAAAGCCAGAUUCAAAAAGUCGUUCACAAUCGGCCUGGCGUAUUUCCCGAACGGUUCUAUCGACGAUUGGGGCGAUUUAGACCCGUGCGAUAGCUCGAAUAGAUCGACUUUAACGGAGAAGGGUGUCGCAAUUUCAUCGUUUCGCGUGAGUGUGGAUGAGAUGACGUUACUGAGAACAUCAAGACAGGACGAAGACGGUUUAAUGGAGACGACAACACCCUCACAGGCAACCUUUUUAAGCGUGGUGGCCUUCGCGCGAGGCGUGCGAUCGAUACCGCGGGUCAUUCGAGUGAAAUCCACAUACCCACUUCUUCUGACGGAUUUUGCGGGGAAACACGGGCGCGUAUCGUCGUUGACGCUUUUAGCGCGGUUUGACGAAGGAAACUUGGAAGAUUUACAGUGGGAGAACGUCGGCUGCGGCGCGUGCGGUGGUAUCAAUAAUUUACAAUGUUUACACGUCGGUGUCAACGCCACGGAUUCAAGAAAUGCGAAUUACGCGUGCAUAUUGCAAGAGGAUAGCGACUGUGAGUGUUUAGCCACGGCGAGUGCAUCCGCUGGCACGUGUGCCAUUGCUGCAGGAAGUACGGAGGCUUUGAAAUGUCAAACGAGUAUUUCGAUGGCGUUUUCUGGAACGGAUGGUAAAUUCAGAGUUUUGAACACGGGUAGUUCGUUAGAAGAUUUAGCCAAAUACAGCGUAUCGGACGCGUUCACAGAGGCUUCAGAAGCGGAGUUGUGA